UUUUAAUGUUGUAAUGUUUAGAGAAUAUUUCAAAUACUACAAAUCCAAGUGGCCAAUACCUGAUUUCAAAAAUGUUAUCGAUUUUCGAGAAACUAAGAGAAGAGAAUCCGAAAAGGAGGUAUUAAUAUCAAGGGUUCCUUUAAAUAAGGAUUAUGUUAAUUUUGGAUUACCAUUAGGCGUGCAACCGAUAUGCAAUUGGCAGUGUUAUAUUGUACCAAAGCAUCCGGGUCUAAUAAUGAUACGGAAUGCUUUUACUGCACAGGGGCAGCGUUAUUGGAUGGCUCGUUGUUUAAAAGACUUUCCCAAGCAUCCCAAUCGUGUAAAUCUCAACGAGAGUCUUUUCUCCCGCGAUGCUAUAGAAGAUUGGUGGUCAGCUUUACAACAGUGCUGUCAUAAAGAUGAUGUUAAGCGUUUAAAAAAUGCCAUGCGUUGGAGUACAAUGGGCUAUCAACAUAAUUGGGAUACUAAAGUGUAUAGUGAACAAUUCCAUAGUAAUUUCCCAAAAGAUUUGGAAAAAAUGUGUAACUUCUUUGCACAAAUCUUGGGCUACAAGACAUUUGAAGCUCAGGCAGCCAUAGUAAAUUACUAUCCCAUUGGUAGCACUUUAUCGGGACAUACGGAUCAUUCAGAACCUAAUCAAGAAGCACCUUUAUUUUCGUUUAGCUUUGGCCAAACAGCCAUUUUUCUCAUAGGUGGUUUGACACUUCAAGUGAAACCCACCGCUUUGUUCCUAGAGAGCGGAGAUAUUUUAAUUAUGACAUGUGAAUCCCGACUUUGCUAUCAUGCGGUACCUCGCAUCAUGAAAGCCCGUGAUGAGCCGUGGAAUGAGUACAUAACAUCAAGUCCUUCGGAUUUACUAAAACAAACUGCCGACCGACGAGUACACAAGGAUUUUGCCCAAGUAAAAUGUAAUGACACGGAAUUCGUACAAUGUUCAAUGGACCUUACGCUAUACGAACGAGUUUGUAAUGAAGCGUUUUGGCUGCCCUACAAAAAUUAUCUUCAAGAUUCUCGUAUCAAUAUCAAUGUGCGACAAGUUCUUAAUGGAGGUGAAGAAACAUUAACGCAAUAAACUUUUAUAAAUGCAACAUAUUUUCAACUAAGACGGUUUAUGUUUAUUAAAAUAAUGAAUCUAAUUGCAAACAUGAUCAAAAU